GUCGUCCUGCGGGUAGCCAGAGGCUGGGGAGGCUCUGGAGCUUGGGGUGAGAGUGGGAGCGAAAGGUGAGCUGAUCUGAAGAAGGGGACACUCUGCCGGGCGCCCCCAUUCUAUGGAUCGGGGUAAGAUGGCGGAGGCGGAGAGCCUGGAGACAGCUGCGGAGCACGAGCGGAUCCUGCGAGAGAUCGAGAGCACCGACACGGCCUGCAUCGGGCCCACGCUCAGGUCUGUCUAUGAUGGUGAGGAACAUGGACGAUUCAUGGAGAAGCUUGAAACUCGCAUCCGCAACCAUGACCGAGAAAUUGAAAAAAUGUGCAACUUUCACUACCAGGGCUUUGUGGACUCUAUAACUGAAUUGCUGAAAGUGAGAGGAGAAGCCCAGAAACUCAAAAAUCAAGUGACGGAUACUAACAGAAAACUACAACAUGAGGGGAAGGAACUGGUAAUAGCAAUGGAAGAGCUGAAGCAGUGUCGACUACAACAGAGAAAUAUUUCUGCUACUGUUGAUAAAUUAAUGCUGUGUCUUCCAGUCCUGGAGAUGUAUAGCAAACUGAGGGACCAGAUGAAAACUAAAAGGCAUUAUCCUGCACUGAAAACUCUGGAACAUCUAGAGCAUACCUAUCUGCCUCAAGUAAGCCAUUAUCGAUUCUGCAAGGUGAUGGUGGACAACAUUCCCAAGCUUCGAGAAGAAAUUAAGGAUGUUUCUAUGUCUGAUCUCAAAGACUUUCUGGAGAGUAUCCGCAAACAUUCAGACAAAAUUGGAGAGACUGCCAUGAAGCAAGCCCAACAGCAAAGAAACCUGGACAACAUCGUCUUGCAACAACCCAGAAUAGGUAGCAAGAGAAAAUCUAAGAAAGAUGCAUAUACAAUUUUUGAUACAGAGAUAGAAAGCACUAGCCCCAAGUCGGAACAGGAUUCAGGAAUUCUGGAUGUUGAAGAUGAGGAAGAUGAUGAAGAGGUACCUGGGGCCCAAGAUUUGGUGGAUUUCUCUCCUGUUUAUCGAUGUCUACAUAUAUAUUCUGUCCUGGGUGCCCGGGAAACAUUUGAGAAUUACUACCGAAAACAGAGGCGAAAACAGGCCCGUUUGGUGCUCCAGCCUCCAUCUAAUAUGCAUGAAACUUUAGAUGGCUACAGGAAGUAUUUUAAUCAAAUUGUAGGCUUUUUUGUGGUUGAAGAUCAUAUUUUACAUACAACCCAGGGCCUAGUAAAUAGAGCCUACAUUGAUGAACUUUGGGAAAUGGCACUUUCAAAAACCAUCGCAGCACUCCGAACCCACUCGUCUUACUGCUCCGAUCCAAACCUCGUGUUAGAUUUGAAGAACCUCAUCGUGCUUUUUGCUGAUACACUUCAGGUUUAUGGUUUUCCUGUAAAUCAGCUUUUUGAUAUGCUAUUGGAAAUCAGAGAUCAGUAUAGUGAAACUCUGCUAAAGAAGUGGGCAGGUAUUUUCAGAAACAUACUUGAUUCUGACAACUAUAGUCCUAUACCAGUAACAAGUGAAGAGAUGUAUAAAAAGGUGGUAGGACAAUUCCCCUUCCAAGAUACAGAGCUGGAAAAGCAACCAUUUCCAAAAAAGUUUCCCUUCUCUGAAUUUGUGCCAAAAGUUUACAACCAAAUUAAAGAAUUUAUCUACGCCUGUCUGAAGUUUUCAGAAGAUCUUCAUCUCAGCUCAACUGAAGUUGAUGACAUGAUUCGUAAAUCGACAAACUUGUUGCUAACCAGGACUCUGAGCAACUCUCUGCAGAAUGUCAUUAAAAGGAAGAACAUUGGACUUACUGAGCUCGUCCAGAUUAUUAUCAAUACAACACACUUGGAGAAAUCCUGUAAGUACUUGGAAGAAUUCAUCACCAAUAUCACUAAUGUGCUUCCAGAGACAGUCCAUACCACCAAGCUCUAUGGCACCACAACUUUUAAGGAUGCCAGACAUGCCGCUGAAGAAGAGAUUUAUACCAACUUAAAUCAGAAGAUUGACCAGUUUCUCCAGCUGGCUGACUACGACUGGAUGACAGGAGAUUUGGGCAACAAAGCCAGUGACUACCUAGUAGACCUCAUUGCCUUUCUACGUAGCACCUUUGCUGUCUUCACACACCUUCCUGGAAAGGUGGCUCAAACAGCGUGUAUGUCAGCUUGCAAGCAUUUAGCCACAUCCUUGAUGCAACUUUUGCUGGAAGCUGAAGUAAGGCAGCUCACCUUGGGAGCAUUACAGCAGUUCAACUUGGAUGUCAGAGAAUGUGAACAGUUUGCCAGAUCCGGCCCGGUGCCUGGGUUCCAGGAGGACACGCUGCAGUUGGCCUUCAUCGACUUGAGACAACUCUUGGAUCUCUUCAUCCAGUGGGAUUGGUCAACCUACCUUGCCGACUAUGGGCAGCCCAACUGCAAGUACCUCCGCGUAAACCCAGUGACAGCUCUGACCCUGCUUGAGAAGAUAUCUAGAGAGAUGAAGGACACCAGCCGCAAGAACAACAUGUUUGCACAGUUUCGGAAAAAUGAGCGAGACAAGCAGAAACUGAUCGACACUGUGGCCAAGCAGCUCCGGGCGCUCAUCAGCACUCACCACUCAUGAAGGCCCGCGGGCCGCACCCGCCCGGGCUGGCCCUGCACUUGUGCAUUCUUCUGCAAAGAGAGAAAAUGUAUUUUUUUAAUAACCUCUGUACAGUAUUCGCAUAACCUUUCCCGAUAGUAAAAGAGGCACAAGAAUCAGCAAGCAUAUGAGAUAUUGCUAGGCUGGGACUCAGGGCAAGUGAUUACUAUACUCUGUGUUACCCUGGAAAUGGUGGUGUCAUGAGUCCCAGUGCGAUGGACCACCUUUCAUCCACGGCUCUAGAGCUGAAGUCUGGGGCUCAGGGACUACAGGGCCAACAUGGGUACUUGGCACUGGGAGGUAAGGUGAGCAGGCAGAAGGACCACACGGUAUAUGCCAUCCUCUCCUGGCUCCCCCAUUCACCACACAGGUGAGGCUGACUCUUCCUGACACAAAGAAAGGGCCUGCAAAACACUACUAUUUCCUACGCGAAAGACCAGCGCAUAGUUCUGGGGCUUCAUCUCCUCAGUCCACUGACUUUCAUUAGCUGGUUGGUGAACAAGGCAUGUGGCAAGAUGACAGCUUCACUCCAGUCCCCCAAGAAUGGCAGUUUCUUUAGCUUCGAUCUUACCCAAUGCUUUUACUGCUAGUUUUCCUGGAGCAGGAUAGAGCUGAGUAUGCAGUAGUAAAAAUUGGGCCCCAUCAGUAAUGGAGGUGGCUCCCACAGCAGAAGGCCCGUGUGGAUGGACUCAGAGCCUCAGCUCCUCCCCAUUCAGCUCAUUUCAUUCUUUCAGGGUCAGGGCAGUUGGUUCAAGUCAUAGGUCAACAGUUAAUUCCAUGGGUCCUCACAGACAGCCUCAGACUUGGCCCCCUCCAGCAAUGUCAUUGGCAUAAGUCAGAUUCCAGAAGCCUAAAAAUGGCCCUUACUUUACCCUUAGGUAAAACCUGAAGAUUACUUGAGAUUAUUCCUUUGUGUUUUAAAACCAGCUUUCUGGCCACCACCUUCAUCUUUAAAGGAAAUGUCAUCAAUUCUGCACUGUGGGGGCAGCCACAAUUGGACUGGAUGCCUGGAGCGGUAGAGCCACUGUCACUCUGAAGUAGACAGGCCAGCCAUGCCUGGUGGCGUGUUGCCUCGGGCCCAGCCGCCCCUCACUGAGUCAUAGCCUGGAUGCGAAGCUCUUGCUCAAGCCCAAGGCUUCCAUCCUCUUCUGAGACCCCCACAACGAUCUUUUGGCCCUGCCUGAGAAAAACUGUCUAUGAUCUGAUUCCCGCAACUCUGGAGUUGGCGUAGCUGGGGGACUGUGUCCCUGUCCCAGAGACUUAUUGCAAGCGCUUUGCUAUAAGGUCAGUCAGAGGAAUCUGCACUUGAAGACACUUCAGGAAGAUGCUGUGAGGACUACUGGCCAGAGUAUAAUUGUGCAUCACCCAACAAUGACAAAUAAGCCACACAGGCAUUUCCAGCUUGGAUUAGUGGGCGGAGACACUCAUCAAACAGAACACUGCCUUUGUCAGCUACUGAGUUGCUUCUGGGGAGGGCAGUGCUUCCUUUUCCAUUCCCCACCGCUUACCCCCCUUAUCCCACCACCACCUGAAAACCGCAGGAAGGAGAAUACGCACUGAGAUAUACAGCCUUCCUCAGAGCUAGAGACUGGGCUGCCUGUGAGCUCUGUACACGCCUUCUGAGUCUCAUACUGGGGGCUCCGUGGUGGGCCCAGGGUCUUAAGAUGAGGGUCAGCAUAAGAUAAAUGCUGCUACCCAGAACUUCCAAAACCAAGGGAAGGCAAGGGCCAAUGGGAAUAAGACCCAAGAUGCCAUCUCCCAAGCCCUGGAUUUUAUUGAAAAAGAGCAAGAAAUGAUUACACUAAUCUGAAGUCCUACUGCUUAAAAGGGGCCCCAAACACCCUCCCUCACUAGUCCCCAGUUUGCAGCAAGAUCCCUUCAGCUUUGAGCACUGAGACUUUGAAGUGGGGCUGGAGUGAACCUUAAGUAUGUCACAAUUGUUAUCUUUUUGUCAUCGUUGCUGGUCUGGUCUUGCAUUUGUUCCCUGGAAGAAAACUGUGCUAGAGACGAAAAAGUGAAGAGGGCAGAGGAAUGAAAGACACUCUGCACCUUGCUCACACAAGUCCCUCUAAAGAAAAAGCCUAUUCAAGCUCAAGACUCAUAAGGGUAGGGCUUGCGGUAGCUCUCUCCUUCCCUCUCAGUCUGCCUGCCGUCUUCCCCAGCAAAACCAACAUGCUGCUACUGAGCUGUCUGUACAGACACUCUUGGUGGGCGGGGAAAGGUCAAACACAGGGACCAGCAAUGUCCAAGCUGUUUGAAUCGGUGAAGUAGGAUUUUUCAGUUUUGUUUGUAGGCCUGUAGCUGGGCCAGCCCUUGAGAAGACCUGUGCGUUGCUUGUGUGCCCUGCCCCUCAGACUCCUCUAAGAUCUGGCCUCAAAUGGCCAGAGAUGUAGAAGUGCCCUGGGAGCCUCAAUAAGAGGCUGAGAACAUGGGUGACGGGAAGCCGAGCAGCUUCUCGUCUUGGCCAAGUUUUUGGGGAAACCGGGUCUGUGUUCCUGAAGUGACAGUCUGUUUUGGGACCCUAGUGCGUUUCGGUAGUAAUAUAGUCAGCUUGCAUGCUUUUAACAGUCACAGGAAAGUCUCUUUGAGGUGACUGUUAAUGAAGCUGUUGGUUGGUGGGAAAGAACAGGACCUGGAAACUGGAACCAGCAGAGUCCCCCGGCAAAGGGAGCAUAAAGCUUCCGUGGAGCAGCCCCCGGUGUUUGCGUUGCGUGCCGGGCCUAACGGCCUCCCAGGCCUAAAAGCCAGCCUAGCUUCCCUGCACACUUGACAUGUGCUUGCUCAGCAAGUCCCAGACCCGGGGCCUUUUAUCCCCAAGGUUGGCAUUGGCCAUGACCUUCCUCAUAAGGCCCCUGAGCACACUCCCUGGGGCCUGCUGCAGAAAGCCCCCUACCUUAGCCUCCCUUCCCCCAGGGCUCUGCUCUUGGCUGCUUCAAUUGCCUCUUUUUUUGUUUUUUUUCUUUGUAUCUUUUUUUUUUAUUUGCCUGUGUUUGCAAUUACUUUUCACUAAUGUAUUGGAAAUGGCCUUUUUAUUUUGCACAUUUAUGGAGGAAAUUUAGGAGAGUCCAUUUUUAACUCUAAAGGGAAUUUUUUUCUUUAAAACUCACUAGUAAAGCUACUGAUGCAGACGGGCCUCAUGGUUAGUGGAAACCCUCCUGUGUGGAAAGAGCAUGUUUAUUCCUCCUGUACAUUUUCCUCUUUUAACUGCUAUUAAACGAGAGCCUAUGUACCUGUUUCAA